AUGCAAUCAAUUGUUGCCAUUAGUCGUCUCAAUGGACACAAGAUAUUGAAUUGUCGUCACUUAAGUUCAGUGACAACUAUGUUAUCACCACAAGUAAUAUCUCAAUACGAGUCGGUCAUUGGUCUCGAAGUUCAUUCACAAAUGACUUGUAAAUCAAAACUAUUUUCUUCUUCUGGUACUUCAUAUAUGGGUUUUCCCAACAGUCAGGUGUCGUACUUUGAUUGUGGUCUUCCCGGAACACUACCGGUGCUCAACACUAAAUGUGUUGAAUCUAUUAUAAAGACAGGUUUGGCACUCAAUUGUCAAAUCUCUAAGAAGUCAACAUUUGAUCGAAAACAUUACUUUUAUGCCGAUAUGCCUUCAGGUUAUCAGAUAACACAACAACGGGAACCACUGGCGAUCAAUGGUUUUAUUGAGUUUAUUGUAUUUAAUACUAAAGAUAAAGAAAGUUAUCUGAAGAGAUCCGAACUGAAGCAAAUCCAAUUAGAACAGGAUUCGGGAAAGUCAUUGCAAGACAAUAACAGAGCACUGGUUGACCUGAAUCGGGCCGGAAUAGCGCUCAUGGAGUUUGUCUUUGAGCCAGACUUGAGGAAUGCUAACGAAGCGGUUUCAUUAAUAAGGGAAUUGAUAUUAAUAUUGAAAUCAUUGGACACCUGUAGCUGUAAAAUGGAAGAGGGAGUACUCAGAGUAGACGCCAAUAUAUCUGUUCGCAAACCUCAUCAAAGUCUAGGUAUUAGAACUGAAGUCAAGAAUCUUAACUCAUUUCGAUUCAUUCAUUCAGCCAUUGAAUAUGAAAUUAAUAGACAAAUAGCGAUCAUUGAAAGCGGUGGUCAAGUGGUCAAUGAAACCCGAAUGUAUGACAUGAAACUUAAAGAAACAGUUCCCAUGAGAGAUAAGGAAGUAGUUCAAGAUUACCGAUUUAUGCCCGAACCUAACUUACCAUCAAUUUUACUGACAGAUGACAAUGAAUUGAAUAACAAUCUGAUUAAUAUAUCUGAUAUCAAAAGACAAAUCAAUGUCAAACAAAUGCCGAAUCAUUUGAGAAAUUAUUUACUUAAUAAUUAUUCUUUAAAUUUAAGUCAAGUUUAUAUAUUAAUGAAUGAGUCGGGAAUGGCCAACACUUUUACCACAAUUGCUAAAUAUAUUAUUGAUUUAUUAAUCAAUGAAAGCAUUUCAUCAAGAAUUGCAAACCAAUUAUUAAAUCAAUAUUUUCAAAAUGAAAAGCGAUCGCCAAAUGAAGUGAUUACACAAAAUAAUUGGACACUUAUUACAGAUGACAAUAUUAUUAAAGAAAAAUGUUUGUUAACCAUUGAGACACUUCCAAAGAUUGCAAGAAAGUAUGCCAACAAAGGUGUCCGACGACACAAAUCUUUACUUAUAGAAAAUGUUAUGAAUUUAUUAGACAAUAGAGUCAAUGAAUGUGAUAUUUGGAAACAUUACGACCAAUUGCUUAGAAAUAAUACAAAUGUUUUCAARUAA